GAAGAUUCAAGUUGUCCGCACAACCUUCGGCCGAGAAGGCAUCAUCACCAAGAGCAAAACCCUCCCUGAAAACAUCCAGAUGCCUGAUAUCCAGAACGAAGAGAGCAAGAGCAACCCGGCCGAUAUCAAAAGCGAAGAGUGCAGGGACGACCUGCCCGCGCUGCCCGCCUUGCCCGCGCCGCCCAACAUGUCCACACCCUACCUCUUCCUCGGCCAAGUCAUCGACGCGAAUGACGACAAGGACAAGGACAACAUGAACGACUCUGAGUGGAAUGACAGCCUCUCACCCAAGCAGCGUCUUCGCUUUUGUUUGAAGAAGCUACUGGAGUGUAACGUCCCUGAAGCUCUAUCCAUCACCGCUCAGCACAAGACCAUCCUGCGCCCCAUUUUGCUCAAGACCUACUGGGUCAAGGGCGAGAUCACCGGCUUCAGACUCAGAAACGGCGAGCUCACCGGCUUCAAAUUUGCAAAGGGCGAACUGACCAGCUCCAAACUCGUGUGGGAAGAGCGUCCGAGGCACUAUACGGCAGUUGGUCGUUAUAUUUUCACUCCGAAAGAGAAUGGGGAGAAGACUUGCACCGAGUGUAUGAACCCGGAGGGAUAUGGUCCGUUUGCGGAGUGUGUCGCUGGCGGUCGGGCCGGUGUGCAUCAGGGUGCGUGCUUGAACUGUUAUUAUAAGGGCGAAGAGGAGGGCUGUUCCCUCCGUAUCGAUAUGUUUCCUUCCCAUUUGAUUUUACCUGCAACACAUAUUCAUGACACGGUAACUAAGAACAUGAUUUACUACCCCAGGUUUUGAAGGUGAUCAGAAGAAAGCACAGUAUCCCGGUAGUCGUGUCCCGUUUUCAGACGAAACCAUUCACGACAUUCCGACAGAGGUGUUAGUGAAG